GCUCGCCCCGCGCCCCCGCGCCGAGUCCGCGCGUCAGUCGAUCCCGAGCGCGGCUGCAGGGCGGCGGGCUGCAGCUAGCAGAGCGCGCCGAUCCGGGGAGGCGGUGGUGUCCGCAGGCAUCGCGUGAGGAGGCUCGGAGCCCAGAGACUCGCGCAGCGCGAUGGCCCCCAUUGGCCUCAAAGCGGUGGUCGGAGAGAGUGCUGGUGGUGGAUCAGCUGAGCAUGAGGAUGCUUUCCUCCUGCUGUAAGAUGACAGACAUCAUGACCGAGGGGAUAACAAUUGUGGAAGACAUCAACAAGCGCCGAGAGCCGCUCCCCAGCCUGGAAGCUGUGUAUCUCAUCACUCCCUCUGAGAAGUCUGUCCACUCUCUCAUCAGUGACUUUAAGGACCCACCAACUGCCAAGUACCGGGCUGCGCACGUCUUCUUCACUGACUCUUGUCCAGACGCCCUGUUUAACGAGCUGGUAAAAUCUCGAGCAGCCAAAGUCAUCAGAACUCUGACGGAAAUCAACAUUGCAUUUCUCCCAUAUGAAUCCCAGGUGUAUUCCUUGGACUCUGCUGACUCUUUCCAAAGCUUCUACAGUCCCCACAAGGCUCAGAUGAAGAAUCCGAUCCUGGAGCGCCUGGCGGAGCAGAUCGCCACUCUGUGCGCCACCCUGAAGGAGUACCCGGCCGUGCGGUAUCGGGGGGAAUACAAGGACAAUGCUUUGCUGGCUCAGCUAAUCCAGGACAAGCUUGACGCGUACAAAGCCGAUGACCCGACAAUGGGGGAGGGCCCAGACAAGGCACGCUCCCAGCUCCUGAUCCUGGACCGCGGUUUCGACCCCAGUUCCCCCGUCCUUCAUGAAUUGACUUUUCAGGCUAUGAGUUACGACCUGCUGCCGAUUGAAAAUGAUGUAUACAAGUAUGAGACCAGUGGCAUCGGAGAGGCGAGGGUGAAGGAAGUGCUCCUGGACGAGGAUGACGACCUCUGGAUAGCACUACGCCACAAGCACAUCGCGGAGGUGUCCCAGGAAGUCACCCGCUCUCUGAAGGAUUUUUCUUCCAGCAAGAGGAUGAAUACUGGAGAGAAGACCACCAUGCGGGACCUGUCCCAGAUGCUGAAGAAAAUGCCCCAGUACCAGAAAGAGCUCAGCAAGUAUUCGACCCACCUGCACCUUGCUGAGGACUGCAUGAAGCAUUACCAAGGCACCGUGGACAAACUCUGCCGGGUGGAACAGGACCUGGCGAUGGGCACGGAUGCUGAAGGGGAGAAGAUCAAGGACCCCAUGAGAGCCAUUGUCCCCAUUCUGCUGGACGCGAAUGUCAGCACUUAUGACAAAAUCCGCAUCAUCCUUCUCUACAUCUUUUUGAAGAAUGGCAUCACCGAGGAAAACCUGAACAAGCUGAUCCAGCACGCCCAGAUCCCCCCGGAGGACAGUGAGAUCAUCACCAACAUGGCCCACCUCGGGGUGCCCAUCGUCACGGACUCCACGCUGCGUCGCAGGAGCAAACCAGAGCGGAAGGAGCGCAUCAGCGAGCAGACCUACCAGCUUUCACGAUGGACCCCGAUCAUCAAAGACAUCAUGGAGGACACCAUUGAAGACAGACUUGACACCAAGCACUACCCAUACAUCUCCACCCGCUCCUCUGCCUCCUUCAGCACCACUGCGGUCAGCGCCCGCUAUGGGCACUGGCAUAAGAAUAAGGCCCCAGGGGAGUACCGCAGUGGGCCUCGCCUCAUCAUCUUCAUCCUGGGGGGCGUGAGCCUGAAUGAGAUGCGUUGUGCUUACGAGGUGACCCAAGCCAAUGGAAAGUGGGAAGUGCUCAUAGGAUCCACGCACAUUCUCACCCCACAGAAACUGCUGGACACGCUGAAGAAACUGAAUAAAACAGAUGAAGAAAUAAGCAGUUAAAAAAUAAGCCACGCCUCCAAAAAACGAACCCUCUCCCCAAAGUGCUCGCAGCCCUGACCACCGCUGACCGCCUCGGUUCCCUUGCUGACCCCCCUCUCCCUCCAUCGCCUGCCCCAGCUCUGCACGCCCGGCCGGCGCUGUCGCCAGCUGCGUUCUCGUGUUUGGUGAUGCCCUCUUCUCGUUUGAAACAAAAUAAUGCAUUGUGUUUUUUUAAAAAAAAGAGUACCUUCUAGAUGUAUCCUGGAGGAGACGUUCGGUGUGAGGGACGCGCUGCUGGAGGGUUUCUGAACUGCUUAGGAUGAUGAAUGGACACCUGCUCCCCAUCGGUCGUGAUUUUAUGACCUUGUACAUAACCCAGCGUGACAUGUGCACAUUGCUUGCGUAUGAGAAGGUAGAUGUUUGGGUAUUUUUAAAAACCCGUUUGGGAUUGUUCCUGUUCUUGUUGGGAAUCACUGAGAUGUCCGUUCUUGGAGUAUUUUAAACUGAGGAUUAAUCUGUUAUCUUCACUCCAGUUCCUACCCCUCAGUGCCAGCUCUCAUCCAGAUAAGCUUGGAAGUGAAGCUCAGGUGACAUCUCGAGAGGUUUGAGCUGGAGUCGACCUCUGCUCUCCCCAGGGGGCUCAUUCCCCCCCUCCCCCAUGCUGGAGGAGGGCGUCCACAGGAAGUCAGGCUGGGUGCCUGUCGUGGCUCCCUCCCUGGCCGCUGCCGCAGCGCUGUGAUCCUGUUCUGUGGUCUGUCACUGUCCCCAGAUGAGUGAGGAACAAGCUCCCACCGGGGACCUGGGUCCCUUGGAGAAGCAGUUAGACCUGGUCCUUCAGACCAGACCCCAUCUUUCCCCAGGCAUCACCCCCGACAGAGCCGCUCUUUCUCAGCAGGGUCAGCCUGGGUGGAGCUCACGGGACAGGAGCGAACCAGGGCAGAGUGAGUUCCGCAGGCUCCUGAUCAGAGGUCCCUUUCCUGUAGAGCACUGUCUGCGCCCCCGACACUUCAAACCACCUGAAGAGUGGCCCGGUGGAUUUAUCCAGACCCUGAUCCCGCUCAGGUUAUCCUCCGUUUAAGAUACUUCCUAAUACUUUAUUUUGUGUAGUGUGGGGUCAUAUGUCGUCGUGCUUGUAAGAGAAAAACGAUCAUUUUAUUCUCUGUAUAAAAACGUAGCUGUAUAAAUCUUAGCUCUAAUGCAGAAAUUAAAGAAGCAAAUGCAGGAAGGAUGUCUCGUCGCCCUCAGGACUCAGCAGCUCGUUCUCCGGAAGGGAGCACACUAUUUGUUCUGCUGCUGUUGUGAACUAUAAUGACAGUGGAAGUCACAAAAAUGUCCCACGCCCACCCGCACCCCCCCCCCUUAACCCCUGCAAACCGUGUGUGUAUAUUACUGUCUUGUGGCAUCGUCAUUGCAAACGUGGUGUGUGCUAGUUCUCCGCGGCCCUCAAUUCCCUUUCAGAAUAUACUCCUCACCCGCCCCAUUAGAUGCAUCGUGGCAUUCUCUUCUCAAGGCUUUGAAAUCUCCCCUUUGCACUCAGAUUAGUUUUCAGGUCUGUCUCCCUUCCCCCCCUUACAAGAUCUUAUUUCCUUAGGACAGACUGUAGGGACCUGCCUUGGUUUGUUUCUUCUUGUUACUGCUUGUUUUGUCCCCUGCCCUUGACCAAACGAUCGAUGCUCAUGCUUCAGGACCUUGUUUGUCCGAUGUGUUGGUUUUCCUUUCUCUGUUAUUUAUAUAAAAAUAAUUUAUCAAAAGGAUAUUUUAAAAAAAAAAAAGCUAGUCUGUCUUGAAACUUGUUCACCUUGAAAUUAUCAGAAUCUCAGUGUUUGAAAGUAUUGAAGCACAAACAUGUAUCAUCUCUGUACUGUUCUGUACUAAAGCACUCGAGUCUAAUAAAUAAAUAAAUCAGCGCCCAUGC